AUGAACAUUGUAGAUGACAAGGUUCUGUCACAAUGUCGAAAGGCCUUUGAGUGUGUCACCCCCACAUACUCCAGCUUCAAGAGCAACUUUGUGAAGAGGCUGUCUGCAAAGAUUCCUGUGGCCAGCAGCCCAGUCACCACCAGAUGGCAGCCCAGCCCAGCCAGGGACCUAGUAGUCUGUUCCUCUGCACAGGAGGGCUCUCCCUCCCACAUCCCAGAAUCUUCCAGACCUGUGCUGAAGAGAACGGCAUCAGCGGACACCCAGACUCUAAGAUCCCACAACAAAGAAUCACCGAAAACCCCAGCCAAAGGAAUCUCUGAAAUGAAUAACUCCACUCUCUAUUUUUGCAAGGCACCUCAUUCAGAGGACAGAGGUGGAAAGGAAAAUGUUGCCACCAAAGGCCAGAAAUGCCUACAGCGGCUAUUUUCAUCCCAGGUGGGAGUUCAGCAAAUCGAUGGGAAAAUGCAUCUCUGUGAGGACUCUCGAUGUGUCUAGACAGGUACAGGGCAGAGACUCGUUGUCAGAGAUGAAUCCUUCCAUCUGAGGAGGUUUGGCAGUGUCCACCAUUCCAUACGCCAACCGGAGGUGAAGAUUCAUCUCACGGGUCUUCGAAAUGACCACUACCUCAAUAUCCUGGACUGGAAUUCUCAGAAUCUUGUUGCCAUUGCCCUCGGGUCCUCUAUAUACAUUUGGAACGGGCAGAACCACAGUUGGAUUGAAAAUAUAGACUUAAGUGUCUUCUGUAAUUAUGCAUCAGCCGUGUCCUGGAUGAGCGAGGGAUCAUGCCUGGCUGUUGGCACCAGCGAGGGAGAAGUGCAAUUAUGGGAUGUAGCCACUAAAAAGCUGCUGAGAGACAUGCUCGGUCACUUGUCAGCAGUUGGAGCCCUGAGUUGGAACCACUGCGUCCUCAGCAGUGGGUCCAGACUGGGCCUAGUCCACCACCAUGAUGUCUGAGCUCCCCAGCAUCAUGUCAGAACAUUUCACCACAAGGCGGCUGUGUGUGCUCUGAAAUGGUCACCGGAUGGGAGGCUGCUUUCCAGUGGGUGUAAUGAUGGAUUACUGACAAUAUGGCCCCACGAUCCAGGCUCCAGUGCGCCAGGCCCACCACUGAAAGUCAUACCUCAGUCCACAGCAGUUAAGAUUUGUUCCCUCGUCUGGCUACCUAAGACAAAGGAGAUUGCAACAGGCCCAGGUUCUCCCAGGAAUGACGUGGCUCUGUGGGCCUGCCCCACACUGUCCAGGUCUGGUGGUUUCUUUGGCAGCGGCCAUCUUGGGCAGCUUGUGAACUCCAGGUUUAGUGUCAUAAAUUACUCUGAAGAAAAUCUAGCGGUGGGAAGACAAAGAGAGCUGGAAGAUACUGGGCUGAAAUCUCUGGAGCCUGUAAAGGUGACCUUCUCUGGACAGAGGCUUUUUCAUGACCUGACGGGGUUCAGGUUCCUGGGAGAAACAGUCCAGGGUUUUGUAGGCAGGCCUAAAUCCAACCUCACGUGUCCUGUGAUCUCUGAGAAGAUCCGAGAGCAGUCGCAGAGGAGGCAGCACGUGCACGGAGGCUGUGUGGCCACAAAUGGAGGAAGGGCACCGCAGUCAGGAGCCAGCAGUGGCCAGCCUGAGAAUCUCAGGCUUGCGAUACCAUACCGCUCCCCCUACACUUCACACUUCAACCUCAGACUGUGGGAGAGUCAGUUUCUGGUCACAGAGCUGCACUUGGCCCUGAGUCCAGACCAGACCAGCCUAUUUUCUGCUGCUGCAGACGGGACAGCUUGUGUGUGGAAGUGCCUCUAUUCACUCAGACACGCGAAUAGCGCGGCAAGCUUUCCUCUCCAUUAG